GAACCGCAUCAUUAAGUCAACGUCGUUUGCAUCGCCAAGAGUCGGGGAACUCCAUUCCGCCUCAUUAUCAACCGACACGGAUACAAAAGUCCAGUCUUCGCUUCGAGCCUUUUGUGUGGCACGUGCCAUUCAAUCUACGAGCAAUCUAAAAGGAACUAAUUCCCCUUUCAAAAUGCAAGCCAAAGUUCUGACUGUUGUCUCCCUUUUGGCGAUCGCCGGCUCCUGCAGCGCCGGAUUCGCGGCCACGUACGCUGGAUACCAUCCGGCCACUUAUGCCACUUAUCAGGCUCCAGCAGCCGUAUAUCAUCAACCGUAUGCCGCUCCAGUCUACCACCAUGUGGCUCCAGUGCUGGCCAAGACCGUCGUGCCCGCGGCCCCCGUGUACGCCAAGUCCUAUGCCCUUCCAGCUCCAAUUGUCAAGGCCGUUGCGCCCGUUGCUGUGGCUGCUCCCCUGGUCAAGACCAUUGCACCUGCGCCACUGCAUACCGUUGUGAAGCAAGUGGAGGUAGAGUCGGCUCCACGCUACGACUUCUCCUAUGGAGUGCACGACUCCGUGACUGGAGACAUCAAGAGCCAGAUGGAGACUCGUGACGGAGGCAAUGUGGUUGGGUCGUACAGCGUGCUCGAUGCCGAUGGCUACAAGCGCACGGUGACCUACACCGCUGACGAUAUCAACGGAUUCAAUGCCGUGGUCCAGCGUGAGCCCUUCGUAGCCGCCCGUUCCGCCCCUGUUGUAUCUCUGCCUGCCCCCAUAUACUACCCCCAGCAGACGCAAAUCCACCAGCAGCAGCUCUUCGCCCCACAGCAGGUGUUCGCCGAACAGCACGGUGAAGUUGUAGAGGCACCGGCACAGCCAGAGCUGGAACCCACUCCUGUUGACUAUAGUGACGGACAGGAUCAGCAGCAGCAGCAGCAGCAGCAGGCCCAGCAGGACUACCCGCAGGAUCAGCAGUUCCCCCCCUACGCCCCUGCCUCACCAGCGCCCGCUGUCGCGGACAACAACGAUGACUCCGAUGUGGUGGAGGCGCGCUCUGCUGCUCCGGCGGUAAACGCCAACACUACCUCUACAGUCGCCCCAGCGCCCGUUAAUGAGGAAAACAAGGGGGAUGACAAGAAGACAGCCUAGAAUGUGACACUACAGAACCUUGUUGAAAAAAUUACUGCAAAAUAAAUUGAGCACGAAACAAAAA